CAGAGGAGCACAAAGAGUUAAGUGAGGUGGAGGCUGCAGCCAAUCAAGACCAACCCAUCUCCAACAGACUACAGACCAAAGAAGUGCAGGAGGAGGAGGUUUCUGUCACAGCUCUCCUCUCCCUCAGAACACACACUGUCAGCACCAUUAUCCAAACCUGUCCACUGAGCCUCAAGGAGAGGACAGAAGACAAUGAGACAUCUUUAAAACACCCUGUCCGGAUGUGACCAGAGCCCAGAUCUUAAGAUGGAGCUCUGAUGAGGCACUGGAGCAGAAGAAGAGUCUUUAACUCUGGGAUACAAGUGUCUUCAACACAACCUGAGGAGGAGAAAAUGAUCUGAGUGAGCCUGGAAAGUGAACUUCAGCUCUGUUGGAGAAAAGACAUCAUGUUGUGUGCACGGGGAAUCGUUGCCUUCGCUCUUUUCCACUGUAUAAUAACAGCGACUGCUCUGAUCGACUCUGAUGACGUCAUCACACGAGACGAGCAGAUCUACGUUCUGAUUGGUGCUCACGCCAGGUGUGAAAGGAGCAUCCAGGCACAGAUGGCCCAGGUCAGAGAGAGCGACUGCAUCCCAGAGUGGGACGGGAUCAUCUGCUGGCCACGGAGCAGAGCGGGUCAGCUGGUGUCAGUGAUGUGUCCGGAGUACAUCUACGACUUCAACCACGGGGGACGAGCCUACCGCCAGUGUGAUGCAUCGGGAAACUGGGAGCAGGUGUCCAGCAUCAACCGCACGUGGGCUAACUACACAGAGUGCAUCACAUACCUGACCUCCAACCACAGGAGCCAAGCGGAGAAGGUGUUUGAGAGACUCCACCUCAUGUACACUGUUGGUUACUCUGUUUCUCUCACAUCGCUUUUGGUGGCCGUCUCCAUCCUCUGCUUUUUCAAGCGUCUCCACUGCACACGCAAUUACAUCCACAUUCACCUCUUCACCUCCUUCAUAUGUCGAGCAGUCAGCAUUUUCGUGAAGGACGCGGUGCUCUACUCCAUUUCUGAUGACAGCAAGGCUGAGCCUGAGUUCUCUGCACAGAAGCCACAUAUGGCUGGUUGUAAAGUCGCUGUCACUCUCUUCCUGUAUUUCCUGGCGACCAAUCACUACUGGAUCCUGGUGGAGGGGUUGUACCUCCACAGCCUCAUCUUCAUGGCCUUCCUCUCCGACAAGAACUACCUGUGGGCCCUCACCAUCAUCGGCUGGGGUGUUCCAGCUGUGUUUGUGUCCAUUUGGGUCAGUGCACGAGCUUCGCUGGCAGACACGCAAUGUUGGGACAUCAGUGCUGGAAACCUGAAGUGGAUCUACCAAGUUCCCAUUCUGGCAGCCAUUGUUGUGAAUUUCCUCCUGUUUGUCAACAUAAUCCGAGUUCUGGCCUCUAAACUGUGGGAAACCAACACUGGUAAACUGGAUCCUCGACAGCAGUACCGGAAGCUGCUCAAGUCCACAUUAGUGCUCAUGCCGUUGUUCGGAGUUCACUACAUGGUGUUCAUGGCUCUUCCCUACACUGACGUCACUGGGCUGCUGUGGCAGGUGCAGAUGCAUUAUGAGAUGUUCUUCAACUCCUCCCAGGGCUUUUUUGUUGCUUUCAUCUACUGUUUCUGCAACGGAGAGGUGCAGGCGGAGGUAAAGAAGGCGUGGCUGAGACGCAGCCUCGCUCAGGACCUCAAACAAAAAACCCGGAUGACCAGCAGCGGCGGUGGAGGCAGCUGUUACUAUGGCGGCAUGAUGUCACACACCACCACGCACAGUGUCAGCUUGUCUGCCUCCAAUCCCAGAGCGCUUCCCUUCACUGGAGGUGCAGCGGGAUCCGGUGGAGCUGCUGGUGGAGGGUCAGGGGUCAGGCCGCCACGCCACACCUCGCUGCAAACACAAACCAGCCUACUUGGUUUUGUUCCUGGUGAUACCGAGACCACGGGUGUUUUUGCCAGACACGUCAGAACCAGCAAAGACUCCAAAAGUCAGACAGUAUCUUCAAUCCAAUCCUCUGGAGCAGAAGAUCCAGAAAACCCCUUAUCUCUGAAACAGCUGGAGACGAUCUUGUGAUUGUGUUCACAAAGGGUAUGAGUCAGAUAAAUAAGAGAAAUGUUGGACUCACUCACACUGAGACACAUUGAGAUCAGCUUCAAUAAGAAGUCUUCAGAAAAAAAGUGCUUAGAAAAACACCCAUAACUUGGUGACAGCUGCUGAGGGAAAUUCUGUGUGAUGUGAUUUCAGCAGAAACUAAAAAGUCCAAAAUAAGGAUAAAAGACAAAUUUGUGGUCGAUUCAAAUUCUGCCAGUCUACACGAAUUGUACAUUAUUUACCUCCACCAUGGAGGAGAUGUUUUCAUCUGAGCCGAUCUGAUAGUUAGCAGGAUUAUGCAAAAACUACUCUGAGGUUUUAGGUUACUGCGUUUUUCAACAUUUCCGAUGAUAAGGCGAUAAAGGAAGACCUGAGAGACCUGGAUGUUUAGACAUAGAGAUCUUUUUAUUUCUCUCACUUGACUUUCCUGUGUUGGAGUUUCCCUGCCAGACUGGCUGACCCCAAUUCAGAUUGCACUUAUGUGUGUGUGUGUGAGGUCAAAUAUUGACCUCCAGGUUCCAGCCACACAUUUAUGAUGGGGGGAGCUCUAUAUAUAUAUAUCACUCACUGAUUAUUUGUAACGUCUAGACAAACCUGGACCCUCUGCACCUUUGUUGUUGUCAACUCAGCUCCACUCAUCAGUCUGUCAGGACCCUCAGGGCUAAUGCACAAACCUUUUGCCCCUCACCAGCCAAACUCAAACUCCCUCCACCGUGUAACCUCUGCCCCAAACGCCUUCACAACACCGUCCAGAAUUUCACACGCUCCCCUCGGGCCCUCGGCUCGGAGCUGGAGGCACCUGAGCUGUUUGUGACGGACAAACGUGCAGCAGAGGAAUUCACAAGAUGAGCAGACAGAAAAGUGUCCUCGUAAAUAUUUUAGGACAGUCUAGGUAUCCACAUUGUUCUGUGUUCUGUGUUUGUAUGGAAUGUACAGUGUAAGAUAAUUGUGAUAAUUUAAUAUUUAAUCAAAGUUGAAAUAAAGUGAAUUGAAUGACUGAGCAGAAUGGACUUGAUUUCCAUUCUA